UGCGAAGUUUCGUCUUCAUCCUUGUCCCAAAUCCCUAUAUAUAGGGGAUUCGAAUCCCCACCGGUCACGAAGCUCGCUGCAGCUCGCAAGUCAACAACUUCCCGAGAUCGUUGCCCUCUUUCCAGCUUGCAGGUCUCUUAUCGUCUUCAUUCUUGUGAUGCGAACUGAAUGAGGGGAGACCUCUCAUGACCUUGCCGAGUUAGGGUUAAAACUGUGGUGAGAACCUUUUGUUAUUAUUGUUGAAUCUGAAAUGGAGAUGGAGCAAGAAUCAGAGUGGCUUGAGGCCCAGAAGAUUGUUGUCAGCGUAGAUCUGGUGGCUGCGGCCAAACAGCAGCUCGAGUUCCUUGCUGCUAUCGAUCGGAGUCGGUUUCUCUACGAGGGGCCUCUACUUCAGAGGGCAAUCCACAGGUACAAAACUUGCUGGCUUCCAUUGCUAGCCAGGCACACUGAGUUUGGAGAUCCAGAUGAAUAUUUGACCGCCCCUCUUGACUGUGAAUGGGUAUGGCACUGCCAUCGACUUAAUCCGAUACAGUACAAAAAAGACUGCGAGGAAUUCUAUGGGAAAGUAUUGGACAGCAAAAAUGUCGCAUCUACUCUGCAGGAUAAAUCAAAACAUCUAACUGCAGAAAUAUGGGCCAAUUUUUAUCCAAAUGAACCUUUUGAGCUUGAUUGGAGGAGUCCUUUAACUGGAACAACUUUGAAUAAUCAUACAGAGACGUUAAAUACUAUCACAUAUGAUUUGGUUUCUGCCGUCAAGAGACAAUCUUCCUUCUACUACCAGGUAUGUAGACCGAUAAUGCAUGAUAAACGCUUUCUUGAUGGAGCUGCUGCUAGGUACAAGGGGUUCCUUCAUCUGAUUAAGAGGAACCGGGAGAAGUCAACGAGAUAUUUCUACGUACCAACUUAUGAUAUAGAUCUCAUGUGGCAUUCUCACCAACUGCAACCUAUUUCAUACCAAAAAGACAUGGUAGAACUGCUUGGGAAAGUAUUAGAGCAUGAUGACACCGAUUCUGAUAGGACCAAAGGUAAAAAACUUGACACUGGUUUCUCUGAUACUACCAAACAAUGGGAAGAUGCAUAUGGUUUGAGGUAUUGGAGAGCUGGGGCUAUGUACAGAGGCUUUGCUCUGCCUUUGGUAGACGCCACUCCACUCUUAUCUACUUAUAAUCAGACAAAUACACUUUGCCCUCCCAAUUCAAAGAUAUCCCUUCCUCUUCAACAUACAAUGGUUGUGGAGGUCCUCUUAGAGAUUGUGGGAAUAAAAAAUCUACCCGCUAAUGAAAAAGGGAAUGUUUUUGUUUCUUUCUGCAAGAAAAAGCCAGAUAUGUUUCUGAAUGGUAGUAGUCGUCUUAGUAUUUUCUCUGAGACGGGGGAGAAAAGGGCCGCUGGUUUUGAAUGUGAACCGGCUGGAGAUCUUGUUCUGAAUGUAACGACCAAAUCAAAACCUGCAAAAACAAUUGGAACGAUGUCCAUCUCACUUGAUGAACUGAUGGAUCCAAAUGCAGAACUCUCUGUUGAGAAAUGGUUUGAAUUGAAGCUCAACAACAGACGAGCAAAUUCCAAACCUGUUUGUCUUCAUGUUGCUGCUUCUUUUACAGUUCCAGUGUCAUCGCCACACGUGUUUAAAAUGUUGAAGUUACAUCCAUUAUCUGUGAAUGCAUGUAGAUUUCCGCUUCCUGGAAUGGCUCAACAUAUGAGAAGUUGGACUCAUCUGGUAGAUGGCUACGGUAAUGAUAUCAUCACUCUACAAAUGAGGAAAUUAAAGGAAGCAGGAGGAAGGAAACAUUCUUCAUGGAAGCGGAAAAUAUUUGGAAUGACGAGGUUGUCCAGAAAAUUACAUUUGCUUGCAGAGUACGUUGACAACACAUGGUUUUUCAAAGACUCAGAUUUAUCUCUCUCUAUUGAACAGAACACUAACGGAGAGGGCCCUAUGCUUGAGCUGAAGAGUUUUGGCCAGGUAUUGAACUUAUAUUUUCUUAGAUUGGUUCCUCUCAAAUAAAAUUUUAAUUGAAUG